UUUAAGUCCACUUUUUCUUUAUAUUUAACAACGAUUUCCUUAAUUCUUUUAUAACUUAUGAGAUUGUUAAUCAGAGUUGCCGUUUAUUCCCUCUUAUUAAUUGUGUGAGAAAGAAACUAUUUCUGCGUUGUAUUUUUCUGUACGAGAAAAAUUAUGUGCUAAACCAGCUGAUUAGCUGAAUAGAGAGUGUACUUAUAAAAAGAGAACAUAUCAAAAAUGUGAAUCAAUAGUCAAACAAUCGAAAUCCCGGUGUAUGGUACUAAAAAAUAAUUGUAACAUUUCUAAACAGCUGCUUGUUUAGCAUUGUUUGCGCGCGUUCUAACAUAGCCGUACGUGUAUUUGCGCUGCUCGGCACUUUUAAUAUUUUUAAUCAACCCCUUUUAUCUAUUUUAUUCAUAUUAAUUUGUUGUGGUUUAUUGCUUGUUCAAAUGACGCGGUGUCCUCUUGGCAAUCAUCAAGUGGAGGAUCCAGUACAUAUAACAGAGCCAGAAUUGGUACUGUUUAUUAAAAAAGGUUUCCCCGCCUUUCGCCCGCAAAAUGAAGUUUGUAAAAAAUGUAAAAAUGGUGUAAUGUCUAUGUUUAAUCUUAAGAAGCGACGUUUACGCAAAAAAAUUUCAACCAUUAAGAAACAAAUACGUGAUGCUAACACCGUGUCAUCCCUAGAUGACAGAUCUGAGGACAGCUUUGAUCGUUUAGUGGCAUCUAAAUAUGCGACAUUAAAUACCAUCAGAUAUCAAUUGCGAAAGGAAAAUGAAGAAUCGCAGUCCAGCAAGCAAACUGAACGAUCAAAAUCCAAUAGCGGUAGACAUUCAUCCGAGUGGGAUACAGAGUCAAUGGGUAACACAAUGUCAAGUAAAACGGCGUCACCGGUUAUAACAAGAGAAAAAAAUAAUAAUACAAGAAAUUCACAACAACCCACUACCAGUGUGGAAGCAGUCCAUCGUUUACGCGUUGGUGCGACGCCUGGAAAAAGACGAUCUAUUUUAGUUGAGGAGAAUCCGCGACGUCUAGAGGAAUUUUCACCAACUGUUUAUACCGAACAACCCCAAGUUGUUGUAUCAACUUCCAGCAAGAGUACAAUUCACGUAAGAACAUCACAAGAACCUACCACCAGCGUGGAAGUUCGCCGUACUUUUCAAAAAACUGCGAAGCGAGGACAUGCUACUGCUUCGAAUACCAGCAGUGAUAAUGACGAUGACGAGCCACAUUUAAGUCUAAAUUCCUUUAACGGCACUCGCUUGCCUCAUAUACAGCCGAUACCAAAGCGAAAACCUUUCAAUCAUCCCAAUAAGGAUGUAAUGGAUAUUUAUUUGCAAGGCCUUCAUGGAGGUUAAAAAGUUUACCUAUUCCUACCUACUAAUGUUUAAUGUGUCUUUAAGUUACAUAUGUUCGUUGUGUUUUUAACCACUUAUUGUUUAUCAAAUAUGCAUCUAAGUCCUGUUAUAC